UUUGAUUAAUUGGUAUACUAGAAGUCUGUCUGCUAACUGAACCUCUUGCAUUAACCCCUGACACUGGUAGAACUAGUUCUUAGUACAUGGAGAAUUGGCUCGCAUGGUUCUACGAUCAAAUGCCGCAAAAUCACCGCUUACAACCAUCUGAUACUGAACCAGAAUGUACUGGUCGCUUGACUAAUCUCACUGCAGAGUGAGACCUGAGAGGAACUUCGAACUACUUUGAGGUGUUUCGAAUCACGCAACUUUCAAGGGCCUGUUCAAUUGCUAAUUCACAUUUUCACACCCUUCAUGGCCAGGUGAGCUGACUUAGUGGCCAAGUAACGACCAAUCAAAUUCAGCCACGGCCCAGUAAAAUGGAACGAGAUCCAGCACAUUACAUGGGCCCAGGACUAGAUUUACCCAUAUGUUCUAACCACCAGCUAUACCAGACUAAUUAAAGUCUCCUGUAGGGCUUAAAUUAAGAAUUCUUAACUGCGAAUUAAGGGAUCUGCUAAGCCGAAGAAGGAUCUUAGACCCUUGCAAGAAAUAUGUAUGGUCUAGAACCUAUUGAGGAAUCUGAGGAGCUUGAGGAGGACUGGUUCUUGAUGGUGUGCCGGCCCAGCAGAAGGUCCCACUCCCUAGUGAAACAGAGCACCCCCACCCAGCCUGAGGAGUCCCGCUUCACCAUCGGCAGUGACCUGGCGGGGACCGAGACUGCCAGCAGUGACUUCUCCCAGGCCACCAGAUCUAGGAGGGCCUCUCCAGGCCGUGACCAUCCUGCACCACUGCCCUCUGUAGAGGAAGGGGAGGACUCCGGAAAGAGCCAUUCCGUAUCCUCGCCACGCCUUCAGAUGGACGUCUCGCGAGCGGCAGAGGAUACCCCAGAUGCUGAGGAAGCAGAGGAUGCUGUGACGUUCCCAAGGCAACCAUUUCAGGAAACCCCCACCCAGAGUGUGAGCCCCUCUUUGAUAUAUGAUGCAGUGGAGGACGCUGCAGAUGCUCCGAUGGAUGUCUUUGGAAAGCACAGAAAGGCCCAACCUACGCGGAGAAAGAGAAUGAGAUCUGUGGAUCAUCGACUUCCUCCAAAAAUGAAGAAAAGGGUUGAGAGAGGCGUAAAUCGGCAGAGAAGGGGGCUUGACGUACCAGAAUGGCUGAUCAAUUUGAUGAAGGACAUCGAAGAGGCAACGAAAUACGAACUGGUCAUCGAGUAGCUCUGUAGGAUGUAAAAUAAGUUUCUCUUUAGGCUGUGAGAUGUUUUGCUGGUUUUAAGUUUGAGGUUUGUCAAAAGGCAGAACCCCAGCCGUAUUGGGUCAGAUCUACCCCCUCUGGGGGGCCUCAUGUUUUUGACACAACCUGACCUUGAGAAUUAAAAAACUAUUUUGUCUCGUCUUGCAUAACUUUCAUACAUUCAGAACAUGGUGGUACGAUGCUCCUUUGUGUUAAUCAUUCACCGGGGUGUUAGAAAAGUAGGAAUGUCUGCAUGAAAAUACUGGUUGGACUUUGUUUGUAUGACCAUAUCACGUAUGGGGAGAUUAAAAUGAUAAACUAAUCUGCAAGUGCUUUGCAUCCACUGACUACAGAAUAAAUAUUAGUGCAUGGGGAGUCUAACAAUCCAUUUUGGUGUGGACUGAUCACCAAAUGACAAGUGAUUUCCUAGAAGUAAAUUACAGCCUGAUAACGCGUUAUACAUUCUCUCUCUCUCU